AUGUCUCCUUGUCAUUUCCCUGGGGUGUGCAAGGAAGAAAAGCCCUGUCAACAGAAGAUCUUCGUCACUUGCGAAUGCCAGAGGAUCAAGCAGGAGGCCAAAUGCGCUGCGUCGCGCCAAGGAGACGGAAACACGAAGAAGACCUUGAAGUGCGAUGAAGAGUGUGCACGCCUGGAGCGCAACCACAAGCUUGCUCUCGCUUUGAAUGUCGAUCCCGAGCACCAAAGCGACCAUGUUCCGUAUUCCACCGAAACUUUGAACAUGUAUCAACAGAAUUCGACAUGGGCGGCUACUCAAGAGAAGCAGCUCAGACUGUUCGCUGCUGAUCCUGAAGCGAAACGCUUCCGAUUCAAGCCAAUGCAGCGUCAUCAGCGAGCUUUCGUGCAUUCACUUGCCGAAGACUUUGGCUUUGACACGGAGAGCAUGGACCCCGAGCCCCAUCGUCAUGUCGCCAUCUUCAAGACACCUCGUUUCGUCAUGGCACCUAUGAAAACACUAGCAGAGUGUGCGCGGACCCGACCAGUCCAACGCCCUAUACCUGCACCAGCAGCCACUGCGACAUUGCGUCCUAAGCCAAGCAACACGACUGGCGAUCCGUACAACGCUUUCCUCGUCACGAAUCCGCGAUUUGCCUUGACCAUCGAAGAGGUCAGCACCGUCGUCAAGUCUGUAUUGGCCAAGACAUCCUUCAGUCUCGACCUCGAAGUCAACUUCCUCCCCAGUGAAGCCGUCACGCUCAAACCCCCGCUCGUCGCGCGUCUCAACACCGACGAACGCUCGAUGCAGAAGCAGCUGGAAUCCAUACAAGAACCUCUCCAGCAAGCUUUCUUGGCUCAGAAGAUUGGCAAGAUCCAACUCGCGCGCCUAGAUUCAAGUCUCAACAUCCUACGCAAGGAAUCAGACAUUGGCCCUGGUAGCGGAUGGAGCACCGUGGCUGCAGCGAAGGGCGCGCCAUUGAGACAGGUUGCUAGGGGCACAGCGUUUGGCAACAAGGGUGGCUUUGCGGUGCUGAGCUUGAGCAAUAAGAAGAAAAAGAAGGAGAUCGAGGUUGUGGAGGACUGGGAGGCUGCGGAGGAGCAGGAAGAGGAGAAGGAGAUGAAGGCUAGUGGAAGUGGUGCGAACAGUGGGGUUGUGAGUGAGAACGAGGGAGGUGCAUCGUCACGGCCUGAUAGUGCUGGUCCUGCGGUGGAGGGCUCUUCUGAUGAGGCGAUUGUUCCAAUGACGCCAGGAACUAUAAACAUCCACACUCCGGGCAACGCACUCAUAAACCCCGUCAAACACUUCGCCUUCGGAUACUUCGCAUACACCUCAAACCCGUCCAGAAACCCAUUCACCAAAUUCGUAAGACUCCACAACAACAUGCUGACCGCAAUCGCCCAAUACGGCGCCGACGACAGGCCGUACGGGUUGUUUUUGAAAUGCGCAUUCGACCGCCCGGCCGAGGAGCAGGCGGUGGGCGCGGGAUUUGGCCCAGCGGCGCUCGAGGGCGUGGGUUUCUGUGCGCUCGAGGGAAAGUUGGCGGUCGCGGAGCCAGGUUUGGCAUUCGGCGAGGGUGUAGUGCACAGCGUCGAGGAAGUCGAGUUGCAUGGUUACUUUGCGAGUGGAGUCGAUUGGGUAGGUUAUUGA